ACUUGUACAGAGCGCAUUGGUAUCGUAAACGUGUACGAAGCGUGUUUAUUACGGUGUUGCUGUCAAAUUUUGUAAACGAAUGCAUAUUUUUCUCAGUAAAAUUAAAAUUUGUGAUAAUGAAAUUAAUUCUUACAUGUGUUAGUUAUAUCGUGUCGGAAUAACGUAAUCUUAAGUGGUGUUCCACAAACUAUACAGUAAUAUUUUUCAAAUGCAAUAUUAUUGACAGUCAAAAUGGCUGAUUGUCAAGAAUCAAAGAAAGUUGAUGAUACUAUGGCACAAUACAAAUUUGAUGGUCAAUCUUAUAUAUAUCAGGAUCCUACUACUAAUGUGGUAUAUAGGUUUGACCAAGAGAAAAAUGAGUGGAUAGUAAAAGAAACCAGUGAAACAGUUGAAGAUUCCAAUACUGACACAGUUAAGGCGCAAGAAGGAAUAUUUGGUUUUGAAAAUGAUACCCAUACGUACACAGACCCUAAUGAUGGUAGUAUGUACUUUUGGGACAAAGAGAAAAAUGCUUGGUUCCCAAAGGUGGAUGAAGAUUUUAUGGCUAGGUAUCAGAUGAGUUAUGGAUUCACGGAACCAGGUGGAACAACAUCAAAUCCUGUACAACAGCCUGCACACUCUGCAAAAGUUGACAAAGAAAAGAAAAAGCUGGAAGCUAAAAGAAAAGCGCAGGAGCCACCAACUUGGUUUGAAGUCGAUGAAGCACAUAAUACAGCAAUUUAUGUGUCUGGUCUACCAUUGGAUAUCACCAUGGAGGAACUUACAGAACUCUUCAGCAAAUGCGGCCUCAUAGCACGAGAUGAGAAGGGAAAAAAUAGGAUCAAGUUAUAUAAAGAUUCAAAUGGACAGCCUAAGGGUGAUGCUCUCUGUAUCUACUUAAAGGUCGAGUCCGUGGAUUUAGCGUUGAAGCUGUUGGACAACUCACAGGUAAGAGGCAAAGUGCUGUCGGUUCAAAGGGCGAAGUUCCAAAUGAAAGGAGACUCGUACGAUCCAGCCUUGAAGCCGAAACGAAAAAAGAAGGACAAGGACCGACAAAAGAAGAUCCGCGAGAAACUACUCGAUUGGAGACCGGAACGUCCUCUAGGUGAACCACUUAAGCACGAAAGGGUCGUAAUCAUAAAGAAUCUAUUCUCACCCGAGGAUUUCGAUAAGGAGGUCGCAUUAUUACUGGAAUAUCAGCAGGAUAUUAGAUCCGAAUGUCUAAAAUGCGGAGACGUACGAAAAGUUAUUAUUUACGACAGACAUCCCGAAGGUGUUGCACAGGUGACAUUCCGUGAACCAGCCGAAGCUCAGGCUUGCGUCCAGUUGUUGAACGGCCGUUGGUUCAGUCAGAGAAAAAUAUCUGCUGAAAUCUGGGACGGUAAAACGAGAUACAAAAUCACUGAAACUGACGCCGAGAUUGAAGCCCGAAUUGCUAAGUGGGACAAAUAUUUAGACGGCGAAGACGAAGAGAAGGAAGGCGGAUCGGGAAAGAAGAAGAAAGACGAAAGUAAACAAGGAAAGGAAAAGGUGGAAUCGAACUUUUCAAAGGAACCUCGGACGAUAAAGAAAUCGGAAAGCCUGGAACCAGAACGACCUCAAGAAUAUGUAAAAACGCCUGUAUCGGCAGUGCCAUCCUCCGAAAGUUCAAAUCAGGCAACCAUACAAAAUGAAUAAAAAUAAAACAAAGUACUUUUAAGCGACAGUAACUAAGAGUGACACUGACGAUCACACUUAGGAGUAUUUUUUCCAGAUUACAAGGUAACUGCUUGUAUCUAUUGUUGUUGAUCAUCCCAAUACAUAUUGUGGAAUUAGUUACGUCGUAACAUUGUCGUUGCUCGAUCAAAAUAAAGAAAAAGAUUUUGCUUGUAAUUCCCGGUUGAAUUAUUUCUCCAUGUAUUCCACUGUAAUUUUACAAAUAAUUUCAUUUUGCGGUGAUAAUAAUUUUCAUUGCUUACAGAACACAUUUAUUAACUGACACGGAAAAUAUAUAU